AUGAGUGAAAGAGUGCAAGAUUUGUUCCAGCAAAACCCCACUAGGGAGCCAGUGAAGGGAGAGCACAGCCCCCAGCUGGGCUGCCUGCUUCCCCAGCCCUGCUGGCACAGGAUGUCUUCAGAGCCAGCGCCAGGGGCUGACGCCGGCAGGAGAGGCCUGAAGAAGCCACGUCCGUUCAGCAUCGAGGACAUCCUCUCCAGCCCCGUGGAGAAGAGCCCCCAGGUCUUGGUGCCGCUGUGCCUACGGAGCAUCUUGGACUGCACACCCAAGCGGCUCUGCGAGCUGGAGACCAUCCCAGCCAGCUCCCUGCAGGAGGAAGAGGAGGAGGAAGAGGAGGAAGAGCUGGAAGGGGCAGGCUGCAGCUGCUGCUGCUGUUCUCACACGAGUGCCCGUUCCCAGCAGGACCUGCCGGCUUGGCUGGAUGCCCGCUUCCCCUGGCCCCUGCGGCUCUUCCACCCGGCAGUCAGGGUCUGUAGGAGCUCCCAGGAGAAGCCAAGGGAGCUGCAGACCUUCCAGCAGAUCCAGCGCCGCACGCGCCGGCACCGCACCAUAUUCACCGAGGAGCAGCUGCAGGCUCUGGAGACGCUUUUCCACCAGAACCAGUACCCAGACGUGGUCACCCGCGAGCACCUGGCAAACCGCAUCCACCUGAAGGAGGAGCGGGUGGAGGUUUGGUUUAAAAAUCGUCGGGCGAAGUGGCGGCAUCAGAAGAGGGCGACUGCCUCUGCACUGACCCUCCAGCCCAAGCAGCCCCCCAAGGAGAGCUGUUAGUGCUCACAGGCUGCAGAGAACACCAAGAGCACCACUGCCGUAGCUGACAGGCUCAGGGGGGUAACCCGAGGGGGCUAAUGCAGCAAAAAGGGAACCUCUGUGGUUCACACAGGAGGAGGACGGGUAAAAGCACACUUUUUGGCACUUUCACAUGCCUCUUCCAAACCUAGUUCACGUGGCAAAUAACUCAGCAGGCAGGAUGUGCAGGGGACAGAGCUGUACUAGUGUUAGAUGUGUGUGCUUUAAGAGAAGGAGAAACUCCCCUUCGUGUCUUUACUCUGUGCACGUAGUAUUUGUGCUUGUUUUAUUGAUGUAGAUUUGCAAAAUAUCCUGCAAAUGAAUGUGUCCUGUUUGCAGCA